GUGGAAGGGAAGACAAUGGAGGCAUUGGCAGAGAGGGGUGAAAAAACACUGAAUGGAAGCCAUUGUAGGAAUUGGCAGAGAGGGGUGGAGGACACUAAAAAUGGAAGCCAAUUGAGAGGGGGGAUUGGUGGCAGAGAGGGGUAGAGGAAGUAGAAGGGAAGCCAAUGGAGGGAUUGGCAGAGAGGGGUGGAGGAUGUGGAAGGGAAGCCAAUGGAGGGAUUGGCAGAGAGGGGUGGAGGACGUGGAAGGGAAGCCAAUGGAAGGAUUGUCAGAGAGGGGUGGAGGACAUGGAAGGGAAGCCAAUGGAAGGAUUGGCAGAGAGGGGUGGAGAACGUGGAAGGGAAGCCAAUGGAGGGAUUGGCAGAGAGGGGUGGAGGACGUGGAAGGGAAGCCAAUGGAAGGAUUGUCAGAGAGGGGUGGAGGACAUGGAAGGGAAGCCAAUGGAAGGAUUGGCAGAGAGGGGUGGAGGACACUGAAUGGAAACCAAUGGAGGGAUUGGCAGAGGACUGGAGGACACUGAAUACAGCCCAGUGGAGGAAUUGGCAGAGAAAGGUGGUGGAAACUGAGCGGAUGGUAAGGUGG